GUGAUAAUUAGGUGCAAUAUACGCUGCACGGUUGUCUUUUCAAAUAAAGAAAAACAGGCCCGUAGAGGUGGCUGACUUUUGUUAAUAAUGGCUUCAGUACGAGUUGCGGUUCGAGUCCGUCCAUUGAACAAAAGAGAAAAGCACUUGUCGUCCAAGGUGAUCGUUUUUAUGAAGGGAAACACUACAUCUAUUCGCAAGCCUUCACCUGUUCGAGGAGAUGAGCUCAAGGACAAUGGAAAGAUCUUUUCAUUUGACUUCUCAUAUGAUUCAACUGACAGAGGCAGACCCACGUUCGCAUCCCAGGAGAAGAUUUUUCAUGACUUGGGGUCUGAUGUCCUGAAAGCUGCAUUUGAGGGUUUCAAUGCCUGUGUGUUUGCCUAUGGACAAACAGGCUCAGGGAAAUCUUACACCAUGAUGGGCCACACGGAUGAUAAAGGUUUAAUCCCACGGAUCUGUGAGGGCUUGUUCUGUGAGAUAUCUCGAAGAAGCAUGAGUGAUUCGGCGUCAUUCAGUACACAGGUCAGCUAUUUGGAGAUCUAUAAUGAAAGUGUGCGGGACCUUCUGAAGAGCACUGCAACCACUGCAGAUGGUGGAGGUUUAAAAGUGAGAGAGCACCCCUCGGAUGGACCCUAUGUAGAGAAUCUGUCCAAGCACUUGGCUCAUAACCACACUGACAUGGAAGACCUGCUCAUUUUCGGCAAUGCCAACCGCACCACAGCCAGCACAGGCAUGAACAAGUUCAGCAGCCGCUCCCACGCCAUCUUUACCAUCCACUUCACCCAGGCGUGGUUCGACGGAGAGUUGCCGCGUGAGACGCUGUGUAAGAUCCACCUGGUAGACCUGGCGGGCAGCGAGCGAGCCGAUGCUACGCGCACCACAGGCAACAGGCUGAAGGAAGGUGCUAACAUUAACAAAUCUCUGGUCACCCUGGGGAGUGUGAUCUCAGCUCUGGCUGACCUUAGUGUGGGAGGACCGUUAACAAAAAAGAAGAAGCAGAUCUUCAUUCCUUACAGAGACUCUGUGCUGACAUGGCUACUGAAAGACAGCCUGGGUGGAAACUCUGUGACUACUAUGAUAGCAACCAUUUCUCCAGCCGAUGUGAACUACGGUGAGACCCUGAGCACUUUGCGCUAUGCCAGUCGAACUAAAAACAUAGUGAACUCUCCUAUGGUGAAUGAAGAUGGCAGUGUGAAGGUGAUCAGAGAGCUGCAGGAAGAGGUCACCAGGCUCCGAAGGCUGCUAGAAGAAGCCAAUCAGGUUUCCCGUGGGGAGCAGUCUUGCUCUGUGAAAGUGGAGGAAGAGUUGCAUCAGAAUGAGGAAAAGGUUCUAGCACUGACCAAGGAGUGGACCAGCAAAUGGGAUGAGACCCAGGGUAUUCCGCAGGAGAAGACUGUUGUUCUGAGGACAGGCGGUAGUGGAGUGGUCCUGGACUGCCAGGUACCUCAUCUCAUAGGAAUUGAUGAAGACUUGCUCAGCACUGGAAUUAUCUUCUAUUAUUUGAAAGAGGGCAGAACUGUGAUCGGGAGUGACAAAGCAUCAUGCGGUCAGGGUAUUGUGCUUCAUGGGCCUGGGCUCCUCAGUGAACAUUGUGUGCUUGAGAACCGUGCUGGGACCGUAAUUCUGAUCCCUCACGAUGGUGCACUGUGUUCAGUCAGCGGCUCUGUGGUAACUGAUCCCUGCCAACUGACUCAGGGUGCAGUCAUACAGCUAGGAAAAAGAAUUUUACUCCGGUUUAACCACCCAACUGAAGCUGUCCAGCUUAGAGAGAAACGCCAGAGUGGGCUGCUGUCUGACUCCCGUCUGUCCUUGACUGACAUGUCCAAAUCUACUGAGAAUCUGUCGCAGAUGAUGCUGCAGAAUCCAGGCCAGAUGACUGUGUUGUCUUCUGAGUCCCAAGUCCCAAGCAGCUGUCUUACCUCUGCCAUGACAGAGGAGCUCAUCACUCCAGCCAUACCUGGAAAAUAUCCUGUCCUUCACACAAGUUUUGAGUUGGAUAGAAACACAGUAAAGGGUGGGGUAAGCACCAGGGAUAGCCAGGAGCAGGAGAGGGACUUGUGUCAUAAAUCAGGGCCAUGGCUUGUUUCUGAGUGGCCGUGGAGGAAAGCUCAGAGUGGAGCUGGAGUCGCAAGUUAUAAGGAAGGAGAGGUUUGGUCCGCGGAUGCCAGCCUCCAGCAGACAAGUGUCCUGGGCUCAGGUGAUGGAUGUGGCACAAAACCAGAGGGGAAUGCUAACGAGAUCCAGUGUGUCGUGGCAGACUGCUACAAGGGGAGACCUGAAUCUGGUGGGAGCUCAUUAGGCAGUGUGUCCCACCUGCAGAGUAGUGGAAGAACUAGCUCCACUUCUGUCCUCCCACAGACCAGCAUUCAUUCUCAGCUUGACAAAAAUCCUCUCAGCAGUCAGGAAGCCUGCUGUCCACCUGAGGACACUACUUUCAAGGGGCAGCUCAGCCAUGGAGAGAUGGAUGAAUCUGGAGGUUUGGAGGAUAUCCCGGAAGUGUGUGGAACAGAGACUGCAGCAACAACGGUACAAAACUCAGGACUGGGCUCUUUGGUCAGAAGAGUUUCUUGGAUCGUCCGGGAUGCAAAAUGUUGCCUUUGGAGCUGUGCCACAGUAUUGCAACAAGCCAGGGAAGCGGGAUUACAACAUGUUGGGAUCCACUGGUCCAGUCAUGUUGUUUCUAUGGUCAGAGACAGUAAUGCUCUGUCUGUGGUAAAGGACAGCCAAGUCUUCUCCAUUGUUAAAGGGAGUGUUAUCUUUUCUCUUUUCAAGGAUAGUCAUAUAUUUUCAAUGGUGAAAGAACUACCUCUCAUACAGCACAUCCAGAUGGAGAUAACUCAAAACCAUCAUCCCAAGGAAGCUGCUCAAAUAAUUCAGGGCCACAUUAAUCCACACACUACACAACUCCCAGUCCUGGCAACAACACAAACCUUCAGCAAGGUAGAACAAUUACCAGUUGAUGUGUCACUAAUCCCACAAGAUAUAUGGAGAAAAGAUAAGAGUUUCUGUGAUCUGCAGUUACCCCAAGAGCAAGACAUGACUGGUAUUCAUAUAAAGCAAGGAGACAAACUGAUUACAGAGCUGCUGCCAGUGUCUGACAUUGGUGAGACAGAGGUCACCCAGGCACCUGGAGACAAAGAUCAGGCACUGGAGAACUCAAGGGCUCUGCAGAACAAGGUCAAUGAUCCCCAAAUCUCUAGUCAAACAUUAAUAAAAUUUCCUGAUUCUCUUCUGCAACUGCAAACUCUGCCAUUGGUAGACCUGAUGGACACUUUGCGGUCCACCGUCUCUAUCCCAGUGCUCAUCUCCCAGAAGAUAGUAGGUCUCUAUUGGCUGAAUGCUGCUAAAUGCAGCCAACCGGAGCCUUGUCCUGCCCUCCUGAUCCUGGUGGAGACUGGCCUCUACACCUUGACUAUGGACUCCGGGCUUCUGGUUUUGUUCCAUCAUCUCCCUUUACUGCAGCUGAAGGAGGUGCAGAUAAACUUAGCAGGCCACAGUCUGCGUUUGAUGGGUACUACAGAGGAAAGCAUCCUCUGUGUCUAUACCUACAGCCAGAAGCUUACCAAAGAGCUAUGCUUGUCCAUACUUGGGAUCAUCCACCCAGGAGACAUUAGGGUCUGGCAGCACCCUCUGUUCCAUGAAGAUUUGAUGAAGAUGUCUUUAGAGUGGGAGACCUAUGUUCCUGAUCUACUGCUGGAUGCUGGUUUAAGGGUCUCCUGCCAGUUUCAGAAGAGUCUUGCUGAUCUGCUUUACCUUCUUCAUUGUAACAUGGAUCAAGGAAUGGUCUCUUUGGGAAAGGUGCAGCUACUGCUCUACACAUCUGUAGGGGUGUGCCUUGGCCUCAGUACCCACACUGAGCUGCUGGCCCAGCUUUUACUCACUGAUACCCACCUUGGCCUGGUGCAGGAGGAUGCUGUCUUUUACCCAGCUCCACGCUCUGUCCUGAUACCGCCCUGCCGCCCCCGAUUCCAUGACUUAACUCUUCGUCAACGCUCAGAUAUACGCUGCGUGCUGGUGCAUGAUGAAGACAAGUGUGGAGCUGUCAGACUGGAUGUAAUCCUAGCAAAUGUGAGGGGCAGGGGUCACCCUGAAAGUGUGACUAAGGCAGCUACCCCGCCUGCACAUUCUUCAAAUUCAUCUCCGCAUGCAGAAGUGUGGAAAUUAACUUUCAGUUGCUCCUCUGAGGCCGACUGCCUGAUUAAUAACUUGUCAAAUGUCUGAUCAAGGACUGAACAGCCAGUAAUGAACAGGCCAGCUUGAAAACUCUCACUCACAGCCAGAAAUGGCAAAAGUGCACCCCAACCAGACAGUUCAAAGGACAGCUUCACUGUUAAGUGAUGGUGAAAAGCUAUUUUGAAGUUUGUGUUUCUCUACAAAUUUUUGUCAUUUUAUUAUUGCACUGCUUGAGCACUCGAAGGUUUUAUCUUUAAAAGACAGGAAUUUGUUCUUUGUUCUUGAUUGUUGUUCUUUAACCACCACCGUCCCAUCAUUAUUUUUCAAAGAAGUUAUCACUUUAGUGCAGGAUAUUUUGAAAGUUCAAUGCUGAGAAUUAAAAACAUGUUUGUAUGAGUUUCAUUUGUUUCAUGGGUAUUGUAUUAAUUUUAUAAGGAUUUUAGAUUACCAGUCUGACCAAAUGAUCUCAUUGUCGUUGCUACUUAAAUAUGUGUAUAUCAAUCUGUUUUAAAAUAUUUCAAAUAUAAAUAUAGAGCUACUGAAAUGUGUGAAUAUGUUUGUAAAAUAAAAUGAAGGUAAAUCCACUGCUGUUCUUUUUAUUAC